AAAUUUUACUGGUGACGACGAUGGAUAAAAAAAGGAUAAUGAUUUGAAGAUGAAACGUGAAUAUAUGAAUUGUGCUUGCUUGCUCCUGAUUUAAUGGUCAUUGUGAAUCACUCGUGUCGUCAAUUUCUGUUUGAAAAGCGUUACGUCUCUAGACGACAACGUGAUUUAUAUAUGUACAUCAAGGCUAUACUACGCAUUUAAACUAAAUCUGUUUUGGUGACUGACUUCGGUUAGAUACAAAAAGAAAAUGGAAGAAAAAAUUCCACAGGAUAAUGAUAUAUGUACAGUAAAUGGGAUACACGUGAUUGAUUUUUUUUGCCUUGGCGUUCAGCAAAAUUCAAUAUGAAAACCAUUUUCCACACAUCGAUCCUGAACAAAUCGCAUCAAAAAUCGCAAAAGCGAAUAUUCGUUUCAGAAGUUUUUGAGUAAUUUUUGGUUGAAUCAGCAUAUUUGUUGUCAAAUGCCAUCUAGUGGCCUAUAAUUCCAUUAAAUUCAACACCUUUUCUUAGCUCAAAGCUUAACGCAAAGUCAGUGAUGUGUGCACAUGCAGCGCCAAAAAAAUCCACAACGUCAUUUAAUUCAACUAUUGUAUAAAAACCAAUUUUCAAUAGUGUCAGCUGACUUAUUCUCUUGUGAUCAGAUUCAUUUGUAAAAACACGAAGUUGCACAGAAAACAUUGGUUGAGUUUUUGAUUUGAAGCGAAAGUUUUGCCUUUUAAAAAUGUCAGGAAAGGAUAAGUUAGCUAUUUUUCCCAGUCGUGGGGCACAAAUGUUGAUGAAAUCUCGUUUGACCGGUGCACAAAAAGGGCACGGUUUGCUGAAGAAGAAGGCAGAUGCUCUGCAAAUGAGAUUUCGACUAAUUCUAGGCAAAAUCAUUGAAACAAAAACUUUGAUGGGUGAAGUGAUGAAGGAAGCUGCAUUUUCGCUAGCUGAAGCCAAAUUUGCAACUGGUGAUUUCAAUCAGGUCGUUUUGCAAAACGUCACUAAAGCUCAAAUCAAAAUCCGUACAAAGAAGGACAAUGUUGCGGGUGUUACACUUCCCGUGUUUGAAUCGUACACCGAUGGUUCGGAUACCUAUGAAUUGGCUGGUCUAGCUCGUGGUGGUCAACAACUGUCGAAACUAAAGAAAAACUAUCAGGCAGCUGUGAAGUUGUUGGUGGAAUUGGCUUCCCUUCAAACAUCGUUCGUAACUCUCGAUGACGUUAUCAAAAUCACUAAUCGGCGAGUGAAUGCCAUCGAGCACGUUAUUAUCCCCCGUAUUGAACGCACAUUGGCCUACAUCAUUUCCGAAUUGGACGAAUUGGAGCGUGAAGAGUUCUAUCGUCUUAAGAAGAUUCAAGAUAAAAAACGUAUUGCCAGAAAGAAGGAAGAGGCCAGAAAGGCCCUUUUACUAGAACAAGGCAUUGAUGUUCGUGAAUCGGCCAACAUUUUGGAAGAGGAAGACAAUGAUCUGUUGUUCUAAAUCUACUUAAUUUCACUAGCAUUGCAACAACAAUUAUUAUUACUAUUAAUUGGCAUUGUCGAUUCGCUCACCACCAACAACAACAACAGAAGCCUACUAAGGUGCAACACAAUCUAUAGAAACGGAAAUUUAGAAUUGAUUUUUUUUCUUUUUCAUUUUUUGCCAUACACAAACCUCAAAAAUUUGGAAACAAUUCAGCACCAAUAAUAAUGUUAAACUGUUGAUUCGGUUCGAAAUCACGCUUCAAAAACUAUCAAAACUUAAAAAAAAACAAAUAUGUACAAUAAUUAUUGGGUAUGAUGUAACUGUUGAAUUAUUAAGAAAUGAUCAGUAUUUUAAUAGACACAAUGGUUCAUUAAAACAUGAAAUCUUUGGUUUGGAUCGUGGAGUUCCGACUAAACACAAUUUUUUUACAACCACAUCUAUUCGAAAAAAAUGAAAUGUGUUUUAAAUAAAGAAGGCAAUAUGUAGUGUAAUUUACGUUAAUAUAACCCAACACUGAAAAAAAUAUUUCAGUGGAUUUAUUCCAUAUUAUAUUGUAAAUGUUUUAAAACAAAUCUAUUCAAAUAAAAUAUCAGUUUAAAUCUUGA